UCCAACGAAGGACUCGGACGCCACCUGACGUCGAUUUUAGUAAAAAAAAACUGGUCACUGCGCUUGCUUACUGUGGGUGUUGUUUGAAGAGUCGACUUUAGCUUUCAAUUAUAGAGUUUGAGAAAGUUGGCGAUCCUUAAUGGAAGACAGAAUAUUAAUAAUUAUAUUAUAUUCGUAUCGAUAACGUAGGAUUAUCCUACGGCAUUUGGCUUAGGUAAGAGAUGUCAAAAGUAAAAAAAAUCAACGUCAAGAUUUAAGCCUAAUAUUAGUCCUACGGAUUAAAGCAGAAGAUAAAAAAAACUGGGUUUUGAUCUAAUACACAGAUCGAUAAAGAAUAAAUGUGGCCCGACCAUGAUACGAAUAAGUGCAAAGAUGUCGAUAAAUAUCAGACUUAAUCCUCUUAAGUGCAAAUCAAGUGUAUAAUAUAGGGCCCUAUAUAUAUUAUAUAUAGAUAUAUAUAGUUCUGUCUUUGAUUUUUGUUUUUGGAAAUGUUUGGUACGUCAAGUCGAGAUACCGAUCAUCAGUUUUAUGACUUCGAAAAUGAAGAAAAUGCAGCUAAAUGGAAAGGUUUACUUGUAUCAGCUUUGCAAAAGGUUCAAGCUCAGGUUCAUUCUUCACUUACCGCAAAAGAAGACGCAUUAAAAUAUGUAGAGUCGUUGAUUUUUCGAUUGCUCGGUAUGCUCUGUGCCGCUCAACCACAUACGGUUCAAGACGUGGAGGAUCGUGUUCAGAAAACAUUCCCUCAUCCCAUAGAUAAAUGGGCCAUAGGCGAUGCUCAAAAUGCGAUAGAGAAAGGGAAAAAGAAGUCGCCGCUUGUUCUCCCAGUUGAAAAAAUUCAUCCUUUACUACAAAAGGAGGUUCUUGGCUACAAAAUUGACAUUCAAGUUACACAUUACAUAGUUGCAGUUUUGGAAUAUAUAUCUGCUGAUAUUUUGAAGCUUGCAGGAAAUUAUGUAAAAAAUAUAAGACAUCUCGAAAUAACGUGUCAAGAUAUUAAAGUUGCAAUGUGUGCAGAUAAAGUAUUGAUGGAUAUGUUCUAUCAAGAUGAAGAUGUUUCACUAAGUAUUGAAGAAGAGCCAAUACGCAGAACAUCUGUUACAUACGAUGAAGUUGUAAAAGAUCUAAUACAUGAAGAUAAACAAUAUAUUAGGGAUCUUAAUAUGAUUAUUAAAGUUUUUAGGGAACCAUUUGCCAAAAUUUUUCCACAGAGCAAAGACUUAGAUACCAUAUUCAGCAAUAUUAUGGACAUAUAUGACUUUUCUGUAACUCUACUUGGCUCUCUCGAAGAUGCUGUAGAAAUGGCUGAGGAAAAUGGUCAUCCAGCAAUAGGAGCCUGUUUUGAAGAAAUGGCUGAAAAUGCUGAAUUUGAUUUCUAUGAUAAGUAUAUACAAGAUAUUCUCAUGCCGCAGAGCCGAGAAAAAUUACUGUCAUUAAUUCAGUGUCCAGAUGUUGCUCAUUCUUUACAGACUGCUGGUCAUGGCUUUACAUUGGCCGUAAAGUAUGUUCUUCCAAAAUUACUAUUAGGUCCUGUUUUUCAUUGCUUUCAGUACUUUGAGUAUAUAAAGUUAUUAAAAAAAUUAAGCCCUUCUGAAGAAGACAGAGAAAGUUUAGAGCAAGCAGAAGGUCUUUUACAGCCAUUAAAAUCUGAAUUAGAAAGAAUAUGUAGUGGAACUUUAUUAAAAAGAAAACCUGGGGAGGCAUUUCUAAGAAUGCAUGGCCGUACAAAUAGACAAGCUGCAUUACAAAAAAUGAAUGAAUUACAAAAAAGCAUAGACGGUUGGGAAGGAAAGGAUAUUGGGCAAUGUUGCAAUGAAUUUAUAAUGGAUGGCAUAUUAGGCAAGGUGGGAUCUGGUGGUAGAAGACAGUCUGAACGACAUGUUUUUCUUUUUGAUGGUCUAAUGAUUUUAUGUAAACCUAACAACAAGCGAUCUAGUGUUACAGGCCCAAUGGCAGAAUAUCGACUCAAAGAAAGAUACUUUCUUAGAAAAAUUGAAAUUAUCGACAGAGAUGAUGCUGAAGAGAUAAAGUGUGCCUUUGAAAUUGCUCCCAGAGAUCAACCUCAUAUUGUAUUAUUUGCAAAAACAGCAGAAGAAAAGAAUAAUUGGAUGGCUAACUUGGUUAUGUUAAAUACUAGAAGCAUGUUAGAAAGAACAUUAGAUAGUAUCUUGCUAGAUGUAGAAAAGAAACAUCCACUAAGGCUCCCUCCUCCAGAUAAAUAUAGAUUUGCUGUAGAGGAUUCAGAAAGUAAUAUUAUAUUUGAAGAAGGAAAAUCUAAUGCUGGGGUACCAUUAAUAAAAGGUGCUACAUUGGUAAAACUAGUAGAAAGAUUAACUUAUCAUAUGUAUGCUGAUCCCAUGUUUGUUCGAACAUUCCUCACGACAUAUCGAUCUUUUUGUCAACCACAAGAACUAUUAGAUUUACUUAUAGAAAGAUUUGGUAUACAAGAAUCUUUCUUACCAUCUGUUGUUCCUGAUGGAACUGUUGGAGUUUUAGAACUUGAAAAUUUAAGAAAUGCACACAGAGAAGACCUCAAAAGAUUUCGUAAAGAAUAUAGUCAACCAGUGCAAUUUAGAGUAUUAAAUGUUUUGAGGCAUUGGGUAGACCAUCAUUACUAUGAUUUUGAAAGAGAUCCACAACUGCUUGUAAAUCUUCGAAACUUUCUAGACACUGUGAAGAGUAAAAAUAUGAGAAAAUGGGUAGAAUCCAUUAAUAAAGUCAUUUUACGUAGAAGUGAAUGUGUUGAAGAACCAAGAGAGUUUACAUUUAGCUAUGAGAAGACGCCUCCUCAAAUUGAAUGGCAUUUGAGUAAUUCUCCUGAAAAAUUUGACCUCUUGACAUUGCAUCCUAUUGAAAUUGCCAGGCAGCUGACACUAUUAGAAUUUGACUUAUAUCGAGCUAUAAAGCCAUCAGAACUUGUGGGAAGCGUGUGGACCAAAAAAGAUAAACACAAAACAUCCCCAAAUCUUUUAAAAAUGAUGCGACAUUCAUCAUCGUUUAGCUUCUGGUUAAUGAAAUGUGUACUGGAAACAGAAAAUGUAGAAGAAAGAGUAGCUGUCGUCUCUAGAAUAUUAGAAAUUAUGAUUGUUCUUCAGGAACUUAAUAAUUUUAAUGGAGUCGUGGAAGUAGUUGGUGCUAUGAAUUCAGCUAGUGUUCAUCGUCUAGAACAUACGCAUAGUGCAAUCAAAUACAGUUUAAAGAAAGCUUUGGAAGAAGCACAAGAGUUAAAUUCGGAUCAUUUCAAGAAAUAUCAAGAAAAACUGAGAUCGAUCAAUCCUCCUUGUGUGCCAUUUUGUGGAAUGUAUUUAACAAAUAUCUUACACAUCGAAGAGGGUAAUCCCGACUUUUUGCCCAAUUCUGAACUGAUAAAUUUCAGUAAAAGAAGGAGAGUGGCAGAGAUUACAGGCGAAAUUCAGCAGUAUCAAAAUCAACCAUAUUGCCUAACAGUUCAGAGCGACAUCAGGCAUUUUGUUGAAAAUUUGGAUCCUCUUGAUGGAAGAACGGAAAAAGAAUUUGAAGACUAUUUGUACAGUAAAUCGUUGGAAAUUGAACCCAGAGGCUGCAAACCACCCAAAUUUCCCCGAAAAUGGCCAGAUAUUCCCUUAAAAUCGCCAGGCAUCAAAGCUAGAUUAUCCGGUCGCUCCGCUCAUCAUCCUCCGCCACUUCCGACGGAUUUGCACAGUUUCAGCUUGAGUACUCAACAAAUUAACCAGGACGAAGACGAUAGUACAUCUCCUUGCGUGACCACUCCUCCCACGCCUUCUACUCCUCUGACGCCUCCGCCACAUUCGGCCACAUCGUUAAACAGUGAUCAUAGUGUAUUUGCGCAUGUGAUGAUAGGAACAGGAACAUCGUCGAUGCCAGCUGUCUCCACCAACAAUACCGUGGGACCAACGAAUAACAUCGUGGUGCCACCGCCUCUACCGUUGCCUCCUUCAAUACAGCCGCCACCUCUUCCACCCAGAAGAAAGAGGGAACUUUCCUUGGGCGACACUUCUCCGAAGACAAAACAGGCUCCGGACGCACCCCUGUUGCCUCCGCGAGAGACGAGUCCGCCUCCGCUCCCGCCGCGCAGGGACCCUGGCGGAUCGGGAACUCUACCUCGUACGCAUUCCUCAUCUCACCUGACGUAUCCACACCGACCUCCGUGCACCUGGAGUGGUCUUCCGGUGGACGCCACCCUGCCCCGUCGCAAUUCGGCACUAGAGAUGUCUCUUGCUCCUCCACCCGCGCCCAGGCGGCACUCUCAGACUCUGGCCAACGGGCCGUCGUCCUCCGCCGUGCACUCGACGGCACUUAACAGUUCUUCUGUGAUAGAGACUUCCACUCCGGCCGCGGGACCCUCCACCUCUUCUGCCACUCGUCCUCUACAGAUGGGCGGGGGUACACCGCAGUUACCUCCGAAGACAUACAGACAGACGUUAUUGAUGAACAACCAUACGGCUGCUAGAUAGUUAAUCAUUUAUUUUAUUAUUAUGUAUAGACAAAAAACUAUUUCGGCCAAACGAGAGCCACGCUCCCGGCAGCAAAAUGUAAUGUAAAUAGUGCAGAAGAGACCAGAUCGUAGGGCAGCGAGAGAAUUGGACUCAGCCGCCGACCCGCGAAUUUCUUUUCCGAGUCGACGCGUUUCCCGCACGGGAAUGACGGAAGGCAUCUGUACAGAAUUCGCUCCGACGACAGACCGGGGCCCGACACUGGACGUUAAUCGAAACUUUCCCAAACUUGUAUUUAUUUCUUAUUUUUACUAUGAUUUGUAUAAACUGGGAAGAAUGUAAAAGGCCCUCGUAAGAGAUAAUGGGAAAAAUAAAUUGUAGAAAUUCGUAAUUUUACGUUUAAUAUUUACAUUCGUAAAUAAAGGAAAGAAAAAUUUUGAUAAAUGUUGGUAGUAUUUUGUGCAAAUGCGGAUGGUACUUUGGCAUCCUCAGUUGUCUGAGAUCCACCAGGACAAAUGCAAAAGACAAUGCCGAUCCUUCCCGGAACAUAGACAUUCCAUUCUCCAAUCCAAUUUGCAAACUGUUGACAUCCUAGUCGAGCUGGAUGCAACCAGAUAAAACUACGAUAUACCGGUUAGGGGUCAGUGCCCGUCCAAUCGCUAGCAAGGUGGAGCUUUUCGGAUUUUAUUCACGCAUCUAACAUCUAAAUAGGGGCUGGUUUUCCAUAAGUGUUCUCUCAAGCAUUCCCUUGGCACACCUAGCUGUUCUACUAAUCAAACCUAUUGUUAAAAUUACAGCUAAGCAGAAAAAAGACUAUUAUUAAGUUUAUUUGAAAUUUU